AUGAAGCAGAGCUUGAACUCAGCACCUCCUGAGUGCAGAACCAGCUUUUGGAAAAGCCCAGGAUGGUCUGGCAGCUCUGUCCCCAGAGCCUGUUCCCCGCAGGCAGCCUCCCCCGCCAGAACCCUGCAGCUCUGGGGUGAGCGCUUCUGUCUCAGCCCAGGGCCCACGUGGCAGCGGCAGUGUGGGCGUGGCCGGCCCCAGCGCGGACCCUGAGUCCCACCCGAGGGCUGUGCUCCAUUCACCGUUGGAGUCACCGGUUUGGGCAUGGACCUUAAACUUCGCUCUCCGGGAAGAGCCGCACACUUUCAGAGAGAAGACUGGCCGCAGAGCAUGCAUCUAGAGAGCAAAGACAGCAGAGCGGCCCCUGCUGUGCAGGAGGUGGAGCUGCAGCGGACCUCGAAUCCGAGCGGGGCAGACCCGGGAGGGCUGGAGCCCCCCAGACCCAGCUCCUGCGAGCACCGCGGCCACGGGGCCCGUCUCCCUGGGCCCCGCGCCGGCUGGGCUGCAGGGCAGAGCCCGUGGACUGCCGGACGCAAGGAUGUGGGUUCCUUCCUCACAGAGCGGAGGUCUCACUCUCCUCUGCCUCAGUUCUUGGGCUCUAGGACUAAAGACUCCUGCUUUACAGAGAACACUCCCCUGCUGUGGAAUUCCUCACAAGAGAAAGGGUCACAUUGCAUGCCUGCUUACCAUCCAGAGUUCAUGCCCGAAGAAGAGUCCUGGGAAAACAGCUUGGCUGAGUGGGAGCCAAGAUGCACGCUGACCGGAGAGGGGGCUGGUUGGUCUACACCUGCCUCCUCACACAAGGAGGAGCCCACAGAGGGCACUCACCUCAGGGUCCCUGUGCUGAAGCUGAAGUGCUGUGCAAGGUGGCUGAAGGUCGCCGGCCUGUUUGUCUUUGUGGUGCUAUGCUCUAUUUUAUUCAGCCUGUAUCCAGACCAAGGAAAGUCCUGGCAGCUGCUGGCCGUGUCCCCGCUGGAGAGCUACUCUGUGAACCUCAGCGGCCACGCAGACUCUACGCUGCUCCAACUCAACCUGGCUGGGGCCCUGGCAGCGAGCGGGCCGAGUCGUUCUGGGAGAGAGGAGCAUGUCGUGGUGGAGGUGACCCAGAGGAGUGCUUUGAACUCGAGGUGGCAGCAGCCUCAGCAAGUCACCCACAACUGGACGGUACUUUUAAAUCCAAGAAGAAGUGAGCACUUGGAGGUGAGCAGGACCUUUACGAUACUGAGCAGAGAAGCUGUUUCCAUCCGGGUCCGGACCUCCUUCCCACAGACCCGGGUCGUUCCGCUCUUGCUGUCUCUCCAGUACCUCCGCAUCAGCUUCGAGGCGCAGGUGACCAUGGCAGCGGCCAUCCUUGCGGGGGUCUACACGCUGAUUAUAUUUGAGAUUGUCCACAGGACUCUGGCAGCCAUGUUGGGGGCCCUCGCAGCACUAGCGGCUCUGGCUGUGAUCGGUGAUAGACCCAGCCUGACCCAGGUGGUGGAGUGGAUUGAUUUUGAGACCCUGACCCUGCUGUUUGGCAUGAUGAUAUUAGUAGCCAUAUUUUCAGAAACUGGAUUUUUUGAUUAUUGUGCUGUAAAGGCGUACCGACUCUCCCGGGGGCGGGUAUGGGCCAUGAUCAUCAUGCUGUGUCUCAUCGCUGCUGUCCUUUCCGCCUUCUUGGACAACGUCACCACGAUGCUCCUCUUCACUCCUGUAACAAUAAGAUUAUGUGAGGUGCUCAACCUUGAUCCAAGACAAGUCCUGAUUGCGGAAGUGAUCUUCACAAACAUUGGAGGAGCUGCCACUGCCAUUGGGGACCCACCAAAUGUCAUUAUCGUUUCCAACCAGGAGCUGAGGAAGAUGGGCCUGGACUUUGCCAGAUUCACAGCACACAUGUUUGUUGGGAUUUGUCUUGUUCUCUUGGUCUCCUUUCCACUCCUCAGACUCCUUUACUGGAACAAGAAGCUUUAUAACAAGGAGCCCAGUGAGAUUGUUGAGCUGAAGCACGAGAUUCACGUGUGGCGGCUGACUGCACAGCGCAUCAGCCCAGCCAGCCGCGAGGAGACAGCUGUGCGCAGCCUGCUGCUGCAGAAGGUGCUGGCGCUGGAGCACCUGCUGGCCCGGAGGCUGCACACCUUCCGGAGACAAAUCUCACAGGAAGAUAAAAAUUGGGAGACCAAUAUCCAGGAGCUACAAAGAAAGCACAGGAUAUCAGACAGGAUCCUGCUUGUCAAAUGCCUCACAGUGCUGGGAUUUGUUAUCUUCACAUUCUUCCUCAGUUCAUUUGUCCCUGGCAUUCAUCUCGAUCUCGGAUGGAUUGCUAUUCUGGGUGCCAUCUGGUUACUGAUUUUAGCUGAAGUCCAUGAUUUUGAGAUAAUUCUACACAGAGUGGAAUGGGCAACCCUUCUGUUCUUUGCAGCACUCUUUGUUCUGAUGGAGGCCCUGGCACAUCUCCACUUAAUAGAAUAUGUCGGGGAGCAGACUGCUUUGCUAAUAAAGAUGGUCCCGGAGGACCGGCGCCUGGCUGCUGCCAUGGUCCUGGUGAUGUGGGUCUCGGCCUUGGCGUCUUCCCUGAUCGACAACAUCCCAUUCACUGCCACGAUGAUUCCUGUGCUCCUGAGCCUGAGCCAAGACCCUGGGGUCAGCCUGCCUGCCUUGCCACUCAUGUAUGCGCUGGCCCUGGGCGCCUGCCUGGGAGGUAAUGGGACACUGAUUGGAGCAUCUGCCAACGUUGUUUGUGCAGGGAUUGCAGAGCAGCAUGGAUAUGGAUUCUCUUUCAUGGAAUUUUUCAGGUUGGGGUUCCCAAUGAUGAUUGUGUCCUGCACUGUCGGGAUGUGCUAUCUUCUUGUUGUUCAUGUUGUGAUGGGAUGGAAUUAGUAGACAGUCACCAUUUGAAGACUAAGGGAAGCUUAAUCCGUCAUCAACAUCAGGCAGAAAGGUACCCCAGACCUCUCUGAAGAAGCAAGGUGCUUACCCUGGGAUGCUGUGAGUAGAGACAAACUGGUGCUCGAAAAUCACGUGUCCUCUUUGUAUCCUUUUUCACUAGGGGACAAAACAUAGGAAAUACAAGAUAAUUUAUCCAGGAUUCCUUUACUGGAAACCACAUACACUUUAAAAACUUUUUUUUUUGCUAUUCUAUGUAGGAAAAGACAAAAAUUCACCCAAAAUAGCUUGCUGUUCGUCACUUCUCCUGAGGCUAUACAUAGUUUUUCUUCAUGUAAUUACUUUUCAUGUUAAAAUAGUCAGCAUUCAAAUCAUAUGCCCUUGAAUAUAGACUUUCUGAAAAAUGUAUGCCACUUGUA